GGGGUAUUUACGUCAUUGUACAAUUCUCUAUCCAUCCAGUCUUCGUCCUCCCUUCCUUGCAACUUUCUUCGUCUUCGAUUCCUUGCUUCCCCCGUCGAUCUCGCUGUUGACCAAUACAGAGAAAGCUCUCUACUGCUUUCACACCUCUCUAUUCAAAACAUGGCAGAGAACGGCGAAGAAAAGCUACUCGCCGUAGCGCGCCACAUAGCCAAGACCCUCGGCCACAACGAGUCCAUGGCCGACGACAUCCUCCAGAUCUUCUCCACCUUCGACGGCAGAUUCUCCCGCGAGAAGCUCUCCGAGGACCAACCCUCAGAAGACGGAUCCGGAGGAGUCGCCGCCCUCGAGCGAGCUCUCAACUCGCUAGACUCCCAGAUCUCCCGCUUCGUCGCCUCCGAUCAGCCGAUCUGGUCCGAUCCCGCCGACUCCGCCGCCUUCCUCGACUCCAUCGACGAGCUCGUGAACCUCACCAGAGAGUGGAGCCACGCGUCCUCAGAAAAGCCCAUCGGCGCGUGCCUCUCACGCGCCGACGACAUGAUGCAGCAGGCCAUGUUCCGCAUCGAGGAGGAGUUCAGGUCUCUCAUGGACCACGGCGCCGAGUCGUUCCCGGUGAGCCACCGUUUCGACGAAUCGGAGGAGGAAGACGAUGUUGAUGAUGGAGAAGAAGACUGCGACGAUUCUCAGAUCCCAGUCGCGCAGCCACUAACUGACUACGACCUAAUCAUCGACGCGCUCUCUUCGGCAACGAUCAACGAUCUCCACGAGAUAACUAAGCGCAUGCUCGCUGCUGGAUUCGGCAAAUCGUGCUCCCACGUGUACAGUGGGUCCCGGAGAGAGUUUCUCGAAGAGAGCAUGUCGAGGUUAGGCCUCCAGAAGCUGAGCAUCGAAGACGUUCAUAAGAUGCAGUGGCAGGAGCUCGAGGAUGAGAUUGACCGUUGGAUCAAAGCAGCCAACGUCGCUCUCCGCAUCCUCUUCCCUAGCGAGCGCCGUCUCUGCGACCGUGUCUUCUUCGGCUUCUCCUCGGCUGCUGAUCUCUCCUUCAUGGAGGUGUGCCGCGGCUCCACGAUCCAGCUCUUGAACUUCGCGGACGCGGUUGCUAUUGGAAGUAGGUCUCCAGAGAGGCUGUUUAAAGUGCUCGACGUGUUCGAGACGAUGAGGGAUUUGAUGGUUGAGUUCGAGUCUGUGUUCUCUGAUCAGUUUUGCUUAGUGCUUAGAAACGAAGCUGUGACGAUUUGGAAGCGGUUGGGGGAGGCGGUUAGAGGUAUAUUCAUGGAGCUUGAGAAUCUGAUCCGGAGAGAUCCGGCUAAAGCUGCUGUUCCUGGCGGUGGUCUGCAUCCGAUCACUCGGUACGUGAUGAACUACCUCCGCGCGGCGUGCAGGUCGCGGCAGACUCUGGAGCAAGUGUUUGAGGAGAGUAAUGGUGUGCCGUCGAAAGACUCGACUCUGUUGACUGUGCAGAUGUCUUGGAUCAUGGAGCUUUUGGAGAGUAAUCUCGAAGUGAAGUCUAAAGUGUAUAAAGAUCCGGCGUUGAGCUAUGUGUUUCUGAUGAACAACGGGAGAUACAUUGUUCAGAAAGUGAGAGACGGCGAGCUUGGAGUGCUUUUGGGAGAGGAUUGGAUUCGGAAACAUAAUGCUAAAGUGAAGCAAUACCAUAUGAGUUAUCAGAGAAGCUCGUGGAAUAAGAUGAUUGGGUUGCUGAAGGUGGACAACUCCGCGGCGGGGAUGAACGGGUUGGGGAAAACGAUGAAGGAGAAGCUGAAGGAGUUUAAUAUGCAGUUUGAUGAGGUGUGUAAAGCUCACUCGACUUGGGUUGUGUUUGACGAGCAGAUGAGAGAGGAGCUGAGAACCUCGCUGGCUAGGCUGUUGUUGCCGGCUUACGGGAAAUUUAUUGGAAGGUUUCAGAAUCUUGGAGAUAUAGGGAAAAAUGCAGAUAGGUACAUCAAGUAUGGUGUUGAGGAUAUUGAGGCGCGUGUUAACGAGCUGUUCAAAGGGACGACGACCGCAAGAAAAUGAAGGUACAACACGGAGAGCUCCCACUUGUAAGAUGUUUGUAAACGAACCACAUGCUGAUGACCAGUAGAGAGAGUCUUGCAGAGUGGAUUUGUAAAAUGUAUGGUUUUGAACAGCUAUGUUAGUGUUUGUGUUAUGUUGUAUUGUAUUAAGAAGAAGAAACAGUCGAAGCGAAUGACAUGAAUCCCGAUACUCCCUUGAUCAUUUAUAAUGAUUUAGAGGUGAAAUCAAAGAGCAAAGGUUUUAGUGAA